AUGGUGAGCCCCGGUAAAAGCGGCGAAGGGGCUGCGAGUGUGCUGCGCGGGGCAGAGACACCGAUGCGUGCCGUAUCUGGCUCGGCCUCGCCCCCCUCUACCCCACGCUGGGUGCUGUCUCUCGCCGAAGAAACCCCGUUUACCCCCUUCGUCCUCUCGGCCACUGGCGUGGCGACGGCACCGUCGCCGUUCCUUCACGUGAGUCCAGUCAUAAGGGCAACAGCAACGGCGGUUCCUGUGACAACAGAGGGGCGACUGAAGCAAGGACACCUCGGGACAAGCACCGGAGCGCAGCAGCCGAUGAGGAUACCAACUCAGCGUCUGUCCGUCCACAAGCUGGUAGCAGCGGUACUCUCCUCUGCCUCCUCUGCGGGCACCGGAACUGCAUCGGGCACAGCAGCACCAGUAUUAGCAGCGGCACCCACACCAAUGGCCAGCACCGCAGACGAGGCGGAGGACAUAUCAGAAGGCCAGUCGGGGGAGCCCCUCCCUCGCCGACCACCUGGCUGCGACGAGGGGACGCUGGUGGAGCGGGAGCGGCUGCGCCAACGCGUACGAGACACACGCACUAGGCUCACGCAUGUCGAUCAGCUCGUGGCCCGCUUCGACGUCGUCGUGGCAGCACGUCAAGUGGAAUUGGCGAAGCUCAGCGAGAAGCAGGCGGUGAUAGCGCAACAAGCUGAGAGUUACAAGUCACGAGCGGCCACUGUGACCAGAGAGGUGCGUCGUUUGCGCGAGCGGCAGCACGGCCAGGACGAGGUGCGCCUGCUGUGCAACAUGAUGGCGGAUAAAAAGAAUCGCCUGCACGUCGCGCAGAGCCAACUCUCGUCGCUCCAAAACCUGUGGAAGCAGCUACAGCUGCUGCACACCGCGACAGCAGGGACGGCAGAGGGUGACGCAGAAAAAGGCGCUGACCAUGCACCGAGCGCGAGGGCCGACGGCGCUACAAAUGGCGGCAGCGCAGAGGACCCACGCGAAAAGGAGAGGACACCGUCGUCCCCAGCCAGCUCCAUCGCCUCCCUGGACACGUGCGAUGCCAUCAACGACUUUCUCGAGGAACUGCUUGGCGAGGUCGAAGGUCUCGCGAAGGUGUGCAUUCAGCUGCCUUCCGCCCCACCACCCGCGGCGCUGUCGAGCUGCAACGGCAUGCGCCGCCUAGCGAUCAAGCAUGUCAGUGACGCUGCAGAUCAAGGGCUCCAGCACGCUCAACCAUCACAGUCUCGACCCACCUACGCCACGCUGAACCGCCGCCUCAACAACGGAAGCAACGGCUUCUUCAGCUUCUUUGGUGGAGCCACAGAGGCACAUCUGGACUCGAAACCGCUCUCGACGUUCUUGGCCAAUCUCGAUCGCCUCAGGCGAACGUCGUGGGAGCGGGAAGAGGAGCUGCAGCUGCGCGCGCGGGAGCUGGCAACCGAAGAGGAAGAGGAUUCCCUCAAAGCCCGUCUUGCCCUCGAGUACGGCGUCAAGCUCCAGCAGCCUCAGCUUCCGCAGCACCUGAGCGGCAGCAGUGGCGGCGCGGGCGAGAAAAUGGGCGUGCUGUCGCCCUUGUCGCCGGCUGCGCUGUCGUCGGCGAGGGAGGGGGAGCACCUCAGCAACGGAGGUGCCAACGGGACACCAACCCUCACGUCUCCAAUCGGCCCGCUCACCCCGCCAAACGCCGCCAUCGCGGCGUCCACGGACCGCGCCACGCGCCAGAUUUCCCUUUCCUCACCGGAGCACGGCCGGCGCAGCCGCGGCAGCAGCGUCGGAUCCCGCACGCCGAACGGCAUCGUCCCCCUCUCCUCCUCCGCCUCCUCUUCGCUUCUGCAUCACCGCGUGACCCCAGUACCGUUUCUGCUGCCGACACUGGUGUAUGCCUACCCCCGCGUGGCAGCUGUGAGUCGACACCUUGACGCUGAGCAGCAGCAGAUCCAAGCAGACUACGCCGCCGCAAUCGAGGCAGAGCGGCAGGGCAGACGGCAACUCGCCAUGCAGCUGCGUGACACCUACCGGCAGCACGUCGCCCCGGUGCUGCGUCGCGCCAUCGAUACCUUGCGGCAACAGCAGACGUCGCUUGCGAGGCAGCUCGCCGAGCUCGGGGUCAAGGCUGUCACCAUUCAGUGGGAAGAGGAGGAGCCAGAGGAGGUCAACGAUGCCGCACUGCUGCGCGCGGUAGACAGUGCCACGGCGGCUGCCCAGAAGCCACUUUGGGGAAUUCAGCGGCGCCGCGCCACAAGUGGUCGCAGUCGCAGCCGCGCCAGUGCGAAAGUAUCAGCACGCGAGGGGGAAGAGGACAGCUACGGUGAUGCCCCAGACAGCCUGGGCGCGUCGCUAGCGCGGUCGGAGUGCGGUAAGCUGCGGAGUGGGGCAGUGGCGACACCGCCGCCAUGCCGCGUAUAUCGACGUACACUGAGAAUCACGUGCGCUGCACCGUGUACGCGAGGUAGCUUAGAAGGAGAGGAUGCAGUAGAGAUGCCUGUGUCGUCGCCGCCGCUGUCGGCCCAGCACGCACGUGACUCGGGCCGACACCCUCGCCAGGCCACAAUGCAUCAACGCCCCAGCAGCACGAGGCCAAGCACUGGCGACGGCUGCCUAAGCGCGCGGUCGGCGUGUAAGCGUCCCUCAUCGGCCUCCUGCCCUUCCGAGACGCCUGCAGAGCCGAACACCACGACCCCCUUGGCCGAAUCGCUGGCGGGAGCCUCGUCCAAGGCGUGCGCCGCGCUCCAGCUCUGUACGCACUCCCCCACCAAAGCUCUCUAUCCUGACCGCAGAAACGCUCACGCCGCGGCGGAAGGGACAGAGGGUUGCACCAAAGCCGCGGUGGGCAGCACCACCGUCGCGCAUGCAGGUGUUACCGUAUCCCCGCGGCGGGCCCCUGUCAGCACUACCGUCACACCCAUCGCCACGUCAUCGUUCCGUCGCAGUGGCGGCACGCCCCGUGUCUCUGGCGCAACCGCCGAAUCGGCGAUGACACGAGCUUCCACUGCAGUUGGCAGUGGGCGGAACAGCAGAGGCUGCGCCAGUGCAGCGAUGCCGCCAUCACCGCGUCAGAGCUGCGGGUUUGCCCCCUCACUAACCUUCUCGGCAACGGGCCGGCAGCACCGUUGCAGCGGCGGCCCCGGGCCUCGUGCUGUGUCGGCGCGAGUCGGUCGAUCCGCAGUCCCCUGCUCUUCCCCAUCGUACCCUGUGGUAGAAGACGUCCGCGAGUUGGCCGCGGCAGCCGACAGCGCAUUUUCUGCCUCGACGCGCGUGACCAUGUCGACCUCAGCGGCGGUCAAUGUCUGGAGCCCCUUCCAACGCACUGCCCAGGCCCUCGCUGACGGCGCUGUUCGCGUGGCUCUCACUUUCACAGGUGAAGAGGCGCGCCGCCGCCAAGAAACCCAAGCGCGGCAGGAGGCGCAUCAGCGGAAGUUCUGGGAGCUUCGCGAGGAGCUUGCUCGCAUUGACGAAGACACCUUUCAGCUUCGCACUCGCUGGACGGAGUUGCAGAGCACUCGGCAGAGCAUCGAAACGGAGCAUCGCGCCAAGCUCGCGGAGGCGGAAGCGAAGAUGAGGAAAUACCGCGCCUUCUACGAUUCACUCCGACGGGAAAACAAGGAGUGGAAGAGCAUCCGCGACGAACUGGAGCGGGUGAUCCGCGGGAAAUAG